UUUUUACUCAAUUAAUUUUUCAGGUAGCAAUAAUUCACUUUAAUAUUUUAUGUAAUAAUGGAUAAAUUAUUUUUUUUAAUCCUUAUAUUAAACACGUUCUUCGUUUCAUUCCUCACUACUACAUUUUAUUAUGUAUUUUCACCAUCAAUUUCAUUCAUCGAAAAAGAUGAAUUGUUUAAUUUAACAAUUAUUCAUACAAAUGAUGUGCAUUCUCGUUAUGAUCAAAUAAAUUCUGCUGCUACUAAUUGUACUAAAGAACAAUACGAAAAGAGAAGUUGUUAUGGUGGUACCGCUAGACAUAAAACGAUUAUUGACAAGUUAAGAAAAGAAAAUAAAAAUACAUUAUUGUUAGAUGGUGGAGAUCAAUUCCAAGGAACUUUGUUCUUCACAUACUAUGAUGGAGAGUUAGCUUCCAAAGUUUUGAAUUUACUCGAAUAUAAUAUUACAGCUAUUGGAAAUCAUGAAUUUGAUAAUGGUCCAGAAGUGCUCACGGAUCAUUUUUCACGUUUGACUAUGCCAAUUGUAUGUGCUAAUAUCAACACAACUUUGAAUCCCACACUUGGUAAAUACAUAAAACCAUAUCAUAUCUUCGAGGAAUAUGAUCUCGCCGUUAUAGGAUACAUUACUGAAACAACGGGAGGUAUCUCAAAUAGUGGCCCUACUUUAUCCUUCAAUGAUCCUAUUCCAAUCGUUCAAAAUUAUGUUGACGAACUUCACUCUAAAGGAAUUAAACGAAUUUUGACUCUUUCUCAUAACGGUUAUGGGCCUGAUAGAAAACUUGCUGCUAGAACUCAUGGUGUCGCAGUUCAUGUUGGUGGACAUAGCCAUUCACUUUUGGCAAAUGAUACGACUUUGUCAGAUUAUAUUUCAGGUCCAUAUCCCACUGUUGUAGAGAAUGCUAAAGGUGAAAAUACUUUAGUCGUUCAAGCUUUCUGGGCUGGAAAAUAUAUUGGUCAUCUUGAUAUUUCUCUCGACAAAGAUGGAAGAGUUGUAAAUUAUACGGGAGGACCAAUUUUAGUUGACCAAUCAGUUACUCAAGAUUCUAAAGUUCUAGAUCUUGUAGAAAAAUGGCGUGCACCUUUCGAUGAUUAUGUUAAAACAGUUAUAGGAACAGCAGAUGACGAAUUUGUUCAGAGUACUUGCCAACAAGAAGAAUGCUCUAUAGGAAAUUUAGUAACUGAUGCAAUGUUAGUAUCGAGAAAUGAAAGUAAUGCAGCCUUAGUAAAUGCGGGUGGACUUAGAGCUGGACUGUUUAAAGGAAAUAUUACUUUAGCGGAUAUCAAUACUGUCCUUCCAUUUAAAAAUUUUCUAGUUGAAAUUAAAAUGACCGGACAAAAUGUUACGGAUAUGUUAGAAAGUGUUGUUGGUAGAUACAAAAAUAAAAUAUCAAAUAAGACUGUUACUAGUUUUAUUCAAGUUUCAGGAAUAAGAUUUAAAUAUGAUUCUACUAAGUUAAUUUAUAAUAGAGUUACGGACGUUAAAAUUAGAAAUCCGAAAACUGGAAUAUUUGAGUUUAUUGAUUCGAAUAGUAUAUAUAAAAUCUUGACAAAUGAUUUUGUUUCAAAUACUGGUGAUGGAAUAAUUCCAUAUCCAAUUACUGAUGUGAUCCCGUUGGAAAGCUUAGAUGUUUCUCUUAGAAAUUAUAUUAGUGACCAACGAACCGUCAAACCUUAUUUAGAUGGUCGUAUUGAAGAUAUCGCUCCUAAACAUUAUAUUAAACCGAUAAAUCCUAAUGAACCAAAUCAUUUCGGUUAUAGCAAUCUUCAAGAAUCUAUUAAUUUUGAAGAUGGGGAAGUUAUUGCUCAAAAUACAGAAGUUACAACUAAAUCAAUUGUUUUUAUAAAAUAUCUCUUUAUGGCUUUUUAUGGCCCUUUUUUUUAAUAAUUAGAUAAGUGAAUUUUUUACAAAAAAAAAUUUAGAUAUGAAAAAUUUAUCUUAUUGUAAAUUUAUUAUCUUUAUAAAUAUUAAAUCCAACAUUAAAAAUUUAUUUGCC